UGCUGGAGAGCGGCAGCAGCGACCACAGCGGCAGAAGGAGCAAUUUAUCCGUGUGCAGCCUCAAACUGGAAAGAAGAUGCUAAUUAAAGUGAAGACGCUGACCGGAAAGGAGAUUGAGAUUGACAUUGAGCCCACAGACAAGGUGGAGCGAAUCAAGGAGCGUGUAGAGGAAAAAGAAGGAAUCCCCCCACAACAGCAGCGGCUUAUCUAUAGUGGCAAACAGAUGAAUGAUGAAAAGACAGCAGCUGAUUACAAGAUCUUAGGUGGUUCAGUCCUCCACCUGGUGUUGGCUCUGAGAGGAGGAGAUGGUCUUAGGCAGUGAUAGCCCCUCACUCCAUUUUACCUCUUACCCUGUCUCUCAUAAUGAGGCAUCAUAUAUCCUUUCACUCUCUGGAACACCAGAGCCACCACCCCCUCCCCUGGAUGCCCAUUGUUGUGUGUCUACUGGUGGGAGACUAUGAGGACCCCAGGAUGCAGUGUUUCUGGCCCAGAGAGCCCUUGCUGGAUGUUGGGUUUUAGUUUGCAGUCCUGUGUGUUUCCCUCUCUUAUGGCUAUGUCCCUGGUUGUCAAUAAAAUAUUUCCUGGCCUCCUGGAA